CUGCCUACGAACCGUAUGGGACUGACAGAGACGCUCCUGUUCCGAGAUACAGCGUUAAAAAGAGAGAGAGAGAGGGAAAAGGCGGACAUGUCAUCGCGCAGCCGAGAUCGGAUUUACAGGAGAAAUGGUCUGUCGGCCUCCUUUGCUUAGUCUGCAAGUGGAUCGGUAAGACUUGUCGUUAGGACUGCCCGGAAAAUAGCGUCGGCGUAAUGUGGCGGAAAUGAGGUUGUAUUUUCCGCGUUAAUUCAGAUUCAGAAAGCGGCCGCAACAAUGCUGCAUUUGUCGACCGGCGGAGCGUAUGCUGCACCGACUCCCGCUGGACCGUAGCCCGUUCGCUCCUCCAUCCACCCCAUCCAGCCACCCAUCCAGCCAGCCACCCACCGAUCCAUCCGUUCUGCAAGAACCAAGCCAGCGCUCCGAUUCUGGUCGCGCGAGGAUGGCCGGACGCCGCGGCUGUGUGAACUCGCUGUGGUCCGGAACCGAGCGGGUCCGGAUCGGGGAACGACUCAAGGCGACCCUGGCCGGAGUUCUGGAGCUGGAGCAGCUCAGGUGCAAACACAUGGAGAUGGUGGACGCCGCGCUGGAACCGGAGGACGGACCCGCGGACGCCGGCACCGGCACCAGCACCAGCACCGGCAGCGGGAUCGCCCACCGAGCGGAGGACGGGGCCGAGAGGCACCCGGAGAGCGCCGCCGCGGAUGCCGAGCCCGGUUCUGCGAAAUCCCGCAGGCAACAGGCUCCCUCCCCCUCCGAUAUAAUGGUACCCCCGCCUCAGAGCAGCCCACUGGAUUGUGGCAGUCACCCCGGGGACGGACCGGCUCAUUCCAGAACCGGCAGGGAUGGGAACUCACGGUGGUCUACUUUGUCUUGGGACGCCUCCUCUGACCUGCUGUCCCCCCCGACCCCGGACCCCAGUGUAAUGGCCCAGCUGGACAGCGACUCCAGACCCAGUUCAGGUUUCUACUCGGUGAGUGGAAGCUCCCUGUCGGACUCCUGCUACUCUGUGUCCAGUGAGACCGCUCAGGGGGGCCCGGGGCCUCCAGCCAGGCCCCUCAGACUAUGGGAGCAGGGCCCUCUCUGUAGUGACCACAGUGACACCCAGUGGUUGGAGGCCACAGGGCAACAACAACAACAGCAGCAGCCUGCAGUGAAAUUCAGUGAGGAAGUCCCGGACAUGACAGGAAAAAGAUCAGUGUCAGUUCCUGGCAACCUCGAAGCGACUGGUCUGAGCUUUCUGUCUGACCUCUGCUCAGGACUCGGUGACCCUCAGCCCUCGGUCCUCCUCUCCCUCUUCGACCCCAACUCCUCUUCCUGCACCUCCUCCCUCCAUCCCAAAUCCCAGCUGGACCCUCGCUAUUGUACUGACCUGGUGUCUCGUAGGACCAAGGAGGUAUACUCUUACCCCAGCCCACUACAUGCUGUGGCCCUCCAGAGCCCCAUUUUCACUUCGCACAAUCAUGAGCCGUCGGCCUCUGUCAGCCCUGAAGGAACCCAAGCUGAUGAAUCGUCAGCCUCCACCUCCGUCCCCAUUCCCUUCCUCCAGCCUCACCAGGCCUCUGCUCCUGUCUCUGUCACCCAGCUGGAACAGUACAUCUCACGGCUUGCUCACCAGUACCGCAACCGAGUGUCAUCCUCCACAUCUGACCUCACUCCGGCCACUACCCCAGGCCCACUCGCUCACAAGAGCCUUUGCACCCCUGGCAAAAGUCAUGGUUCAACCCAGUCACUUUCUGCUUUUGAGAGCCGCAGUACGCCCUCCACUCUGGCAGGAAGCAGUGUUACACCCUGUAAGUCCCUGCUGGGGAACUCGGCAAGAGUGAACCUUAGUAGCAUUGGAAAAAAAGCCAGUAGGAACUCUAUUAACUUGGGCAACCUUCCCUCUGCAACUGGAGAAGACUUGAAUAUAAGCCUUCAUCUAAACCUUAACUUAAACCUGGCUCCUGGGUUAAAUACUAGCCUGGGUUUGGAGGAUAAAUCCACAACUGGCAGCUGUGGGGCUCUGAGGACUGAGUCCACAGCAGCCUCCUCAGUUUCCUCAACUUCUCUGUCCUCGUCCACACCGACCCCGGCACUUAGAGCCCGGCCCAGGAUCUCCACCUGUCCUUCAAACCUGAACCACCGCAGUUCUCUGGAGGUCACUUCAGCAUCUGCCACCAGCUCCAGGGCCACAGGGUUCUGUCGCUCCUUGGACUGGAGCAGUGGACCACCACCUGGUGCCGGACGAGCAGUGUUUGGCCCAAAAGCUGGCUCGGCUCCCGAGUCUCAGCGUAGCAGUGUGAUUCAAGACCCCGGCUCGAGCCCCAAGCUGACCGAAGACUCGCCCGUGGUGGAGGAGAUCUCUCGCCUCUCUGGAUUGUCUAGAGCUGUGGUGGUGGGGCUGAUGGAGCAAGGUGUGGAGCUGGAUGUGGACUGUUUCCGGGCGGACACCGCAGACGAAGGGACAGGUGAACAUCGUCAGCCAGAUGCCAUCGGCGGUGUGGUGAUCAACACGGAGCAAUCAUGUGACUAUUCCAGAGUUCCACUGCGCAGCGCGUCAAUAGAGACUGACUUGAAUCCACAAAGACCUGUACAGCUCUCCCUAAACGUCACCCAUUCUCCACAGUCGCACUCUGGUGUCACGCCACCUCUCUCUCACUCUCCCCAAUCUCAGUCCAGCCUCACACCUCCUCUCUCGCACUCCAGUAGCCCUAUACACCCCUACCAGUCUGUCCAGACUCCAGCUCCCCACCACUACUCCUCUUCCUCCUCACACUGCUACUAUCAGCAGUCCUCUUCUCCAUCUGACCUGCCCUCCUCCACGGCCUCCUCCCCUAGCUCCCGUCCCCACCCGAGGGGCCGCUCCCCUCCGCGUCCUCUUCAGCCUUCCCCCCUCGGCCCCACCCCUCUCUCAGUGUUCCGGCGGGAUGCCCCCUCCCAGUGCUCUCUGCCACGGGUCGGCACUGGCGGCCCGCCGACAGAGCACGGAGGCGUUCGCCCAAGGGGGGGGUCUCUUCGCCAUAGUGGGGGAGGAGGAGGAGGAAGUGCGGGUGGGUGGAGGAGGGCGGAGGGCGGGGAGGGGCUCUACAGGGGGAAGCACACCUCGCGAGAGCUGAUCAGGGCAUCGACGGUGAGCAGCUUCACCAAGAGAGCGAGCUAUGGCUCCAACUGGGGAGAAGAAGAGGAGGAAGAGGAGGAAGAGGGGGAGGCUGGGAAGACCCUGGCUUCCACACCAAGAAUGCCAUCUGGGAAACUCUGGAGGGGCUUUGAGGGACGCCUAUGGGGGAAAGAUGGCGAGGGUGAGAGGGAGGAGAUGGACAGAGCCGAGUAUGGCUACGGGUGGAGGAGAAACAGCAGCGGAAGCUGGAGGAAAGACGACCGGAGGGUGAAGGUCGCUUCAAGGAUUAAAGACAAGAGACCGAAGGUGGAGAGCUCCCCGAGCUUCAGCAGGACAAAAGGGAAGGGCGGAUGUGAGAAACGAAGUUCCAGCCUCAGACUCUCCCGGCGGGCGCUGUUCCGCAGCGAGUCCCAGGGCCUGCUGGAGCCUCGCGCCCAGAGAGAGGAGCCCAUGAGGGGAGGACACUGGGUUUCCUCCCUGGACGUGGGGCGAGGGAGCCUGGAGCUCAGCGUGGGUGGAGGCGGGAGAGCUCUGCGAGGACAGGGGGAGGACAAACGCCUCUCCUCCACUGCCAGUCUCUUCAACCUCUCUCGUUCUCAAAGCCUAGAGGGCAGCUGCCCCUCUCUUUCGCCUCUCUCUUCCCCUUCCUUUUCCCCAUCGCCUCCUCCACGGAUGCCCCUCCAGCGCUCUCGUUCGCUCAGGGAUCUCGGGAGGAGAAUGUUUGGCUCCAUGAGGUCACUGAGUCUCAGACGGAAGACAUCCAAGAAGUGAGAUACACGUGUCCGUAGUUUUAUCUUCCAUUUGUUACCAUGAAAAGGCCCAUGUGGAAUCUGCAUUUUAUCCUACAUAAUAAGGAAGUGCCACAGUUUUCCGUUUUCAGACUUAUUAAUGUAUAGGCUUUGGCCUCUAAAUAACGGUCUCAAGCUAUUUCCUGUUGAGACCUAAAUUUGUAUGCAGGUUUUCUUUCCAACCAAACCCUUCACCAUCUGCUUUCACCAAUUAGUCCUCCUCUCCCUUUCUGGAGGACGGUGUACAAAUAAAAUCUGUUGGUUUAUUUAUUGCAAAGAAAUGAAAACCUGCAUACACACACACGAUCCUCAGUGGCACAUGGUUGGAGGCCACUGCUCUGAACCACGUUUAUGAAUGUAUGUGCGCAAAGCAAAAGCUCUUCUGCAUGCCGCUCUGUGACUUUGUUUAGUGGUAAUGGCUAUUGUGUGAAUUUGAAACUCGUCUUCAUUGUUGUUCUGCAAUAUUGCCUUGGAAGUACAAUCAUAUUGGCCAGAUAUUGACCAAAAUCAAGCAAAUACUCUUUAACUUGAUAUUGUGCUCAGGAUUUUGAAAUGUGUAUCGAACUAAUAAAAUAUUAAUGAG